AGUCUCCGGUAACACUAAAACAUUGCCAAAAAAAUGCGCAUAAAAACAAGUAAAACUAUAGAAGAAUUAUAAAAAACGAGUGAAACAGGAUAACGAAAAUGUCCGUGCUGCGAUUCCUGGUGACGCGCCAGGCGUUGACUGCCUUGUCCAGGCCAAGGACCUUCAAUAUACUGCAAAAUCCAGCGCCAAUCGCCUUGGCCUCCACUUUGUGCAACCAAAAUAGCCAUCAGGAUCUGACCAAAUCGAGUGUCAAUUUAAGUCUGACGCAAAUUAGGGGCCACAAGCGAUUUGGCCAUCAGGAGGAGAAGACGCCCAAUGUGACAAAGUACUUCCAUAUGUUCAUCCUGAGCUUGUUCCUCAUAUCGGUCAUGGAUUGGGGCAAAGUGAAGCGUCUGCUGUUGCCAAAAGUGGACGCCGAUGCUGGACAACGUCCCUCGUCGGCGGCCGGCGUUAAUGGAGAGGAGAAGUCAUCCGAUUCCGAAUCCGAGGACGGCGAGGAUGAGGAAGGUGGUUCCGAUCUCCACCUGCACGAGGGCAAGAAGAUCCGCGAGAAAGUCGGUUUCCGCGAGAGGAAGAUAAUUGAGUACGAGAACCGUAUCCGGCAGUUCUCCACGCCGGACAAAGUGUUCCGCUACUUUGCCACCAUUCAGGUGCCUGUGGCUGAUGAUCGUCAUGAAGUCUACAUGACUCCGACAGAUUUUUUAACCAGCAUGACGCCCGGCAUGAAGCAGCCAGAUGGCUUGGGUCUGGACCAAUAUCGUCGUUAUGAUCCAAAGUCUGUUGGCGAGCAGUUGAAUCUCCACCUGGAGAAGAACAGCAUUUUUUACAAGCUCGGUUCCUAUGGACUGAUCACAUUUUCGGAUUAUAUUUUCCUGCUCACGGUGCUAUCAAUUUCCCGUCGCCACUUUGAGAUUGCCUUCCGAAUGUUCGAUUUGAAUGGAGACGGCGAUGUGGAUUGCGAGGAAUUCGAAAUGGUGGCCACUUUGGUGAGGCAACAAACCAGCAUGGGAACCCGACAUCGUGAUCACGCAAAUACGGGAAACACCUUUAAGUCCUUGAAGGGUGUAAACUCGGCUUUAAUCACAUAUUUCUUUGGACCCAAUAUGGACGAAAAGCUGACGAUUGAAAAGUUCCUGGAUUUCCAGGAGCAACUGCAGAAGGAGAUUCUGUCCCUUGAGUUUGAAAGAAAAGAACCUAACGAAGAUGGAAAUAUAACAGAAGCAGAUUUCGCCGAGCUCCUUUUGGCCUACGCUGGAUAUCCUUUGAAAAAGAAGCAGAAGAAAUUAAAGAGAGUUAAGAGGAGAUUUAGGGAUCAUGGAAAAGGCAUCUCGAAACAGGAUUAUCUGGAUUUCUUUCAUUUUCUGAACAACGUCAACGACGUGGAUACUGCCUUGACUUUCUAUCAUAUUGCCGGUGCUUCGAUUGACCAGCAAACUCUGCAACAUGUGGCCAAAACCGUGGCUAUGGUAAAUCUUUCAGAUCAUGUCGUCGAUGUCGUCUUUACCAUCUUUGAUGAGAACAACGACAACCAACUCAGCAACAAGGAGUUUAUUUCGGUUAUGAAGAAUCGUGUGCAGCGAGGAUUGGAAAAACCAAAAGACACUGGAUUCCUAAAAAUGAUGCGAUCGGUGUUUAAGUGCGCCAGGGAAACAAAACCCGUUCUGCUGGACAUCUAAAGAUCGUUGCACUGUGGAUUCUCCCGCUUCAAGCGCCCCAAUCUUAGUCAUUUUUCUACGCUUACGCUUCCUACUAUUUAUUUUUGUAGUUAGCUUUACAUAAACCGAUUUUAGCUCAAUCUCCUUAAAUGUUGGAUACCCAGCCUGGUUUUUCAAAUAAGAUGAAUUGAUUUUGUAUAUUU